AUGGCCACUUCGAGCCCCGAGCCUGAGCUGAAGGGGUUGCUGACUUUUGAGGAUGUGGCUGUGUUUUUUACCCAGGAGGAGUGGGAUUAUCUGGACCCAGCUCAGAGAAGCCUAUAUAAAGAUGUCAUGAUGGAGAAUUAUGGGAACCUGGUGUCUCUGGAUGUUUUGAGUAAAGAUAAGAAUGAGAAACCAACUGUGAAACAAGAAAUUGAGGAAAUAGAAGAAGAAGUGGAACCACAAAGUGUAAUUGUUACAAGAAUCAAAAGUGAAAUUGACCAGGAUCCCAUGAGUAGAGAAACCUUUGAACUUGUUGGUAGGUUAGAUAAACAGAGAGGGAUCUUCUUAUGGGAAAUACCAAGGGAAUCUUUGACUCCAGAACAACGAAUAUUCCGAGGAAACACUAAUAUAAUCCAUAAGAGACCAAAUUCAGAAGAAAAAUGUCAUAAAUGUGAAGAGUGUGGAAAGGGUUUUGUCCGCAAAGCCCAUUUUAUUCAACAUCAAAGAGUCCAUACUGGUGAGAAACCUUUUCAGUGCAAUGAAUGUGGGAAAAGUUUUAGUCGCAGUUCAUUUGUUAUUGAACAUCAGAGAAUUCACACUGGGGAAAGACCCUAUGAGUGUAAUUACUGUGGAAAAACUUUUAGUGUAAGCUCAACACUUAUUAGACAUCAGAGAAUCCACACUGGGGAAAGGCCUUACCAGUGUAACCAGUGUAAACAGAGCUUCAGCCAGAGAAGGAGCCUUGUUAAGCAUCAGAGAAUUCACACAGGUGAGAAACCCCAUAAGUGUGCUGACUGUGGGAAAGCUUUCAGUUGGAAAUCACACCUAAUUGAACAUCAGAGAACUCACACUGGUGAAAAACCAUAUCAUUGUACCAAAUGUAAGAAAAGCUUUAGUCGAAAUUCUUUGCUUGUUGAGCAUCAGAGAAUUCACACUGGAGAAAGACCUCAUAAAUGUGGUGAAUGUGGGAAAGCCUUUAGAUUAAGCACAUACCUUAUACAACACCAAAAAAUCCACACUGGUGAGAAGCCCUUUCUAUGUAUUGAAUGUGGGAAAAGUUUCAGUCGGAGUUCAUUUCUUAUUGAACAUCAGAGGAUCCACACAGGUGAAAGACCGUAUCAGUGCAAAGAGUGCGGGAAAAGCUUCAGUCAACUUUGCAACCUUACUCGUCAUCAGAGAAUUCACACAGGAGACAAACCCCAUAAAUGUGAGGAAUGUGGAAAAGCUUUUAGUAGAAGCUCAGGACUUAUUCAGCAUCAGCGGAUUCAUACCAGAGAGAAGGCUUUUCCAUACAGUGAAAGUAAGGAAAGUUUUGAUCCAAAUUGCAACCUUGUCAUACAGCAGGAAGCCUAUCCUAAGGAGAAAUCUUAUAAAUGUGAAGAGUGUGGAAAGACUUUUAGUGUCAGUGCUCAUCUUGUACAACAUCAAAGAAUCCACACUGGUGAGAAGCCCUACCUUUGCACCGUGUGUGGGAAAAGCUUCAGUCGGAGCUCAUUUCUUAUUGAACAUCAGAGAAUCCACACUGGUGAAAGACCCUAUCUGUGCAGACAGUGUGGUAAAAGCUUCAGUCAACUUUGUAAUCUUAUUCGACAUCAGGGUGUACACACAGGAAAUAAACCCCACAAAUGUGAUGAAUGUGGAAAGGCCUUUAGCCGGAACUCAGGACUUAUUCAGCAUCAGAGAAUACACACAGGAGAGAAACCUUUUAAGUGUGAAAAAUGUGACAAAAGUUUCAGUCAGCAGCGCAGCCUUGUCAACCAUCAGAAGAUCCAUGCUGAGGUGAAAAUCCAAGAAACUCAUGAAUGUGAUGCAUGUGGCGAAGGCUUCAAUUGCCACAUUUCUCUUAUCCAGCAUCAAAAAUUGCACACUACAUGGCUACAAUAGAUGUAAAGAAAUGUUAAAGCUCAAUUUGAUUUGAGACUAGCUACCCAAGUGCAGUUUCAAUGUGGCUCAACAUGAGUCCAAUUUAAUAAUAAAUAAAUUCUUCCUUGGCCUUAGCCAGUGGUGUCUGAAUGCCCAUGGGCAAUUAUAGACUUCCAUUACUCUGUUUUGAUUGUCAUAGAGAAAGUCUCAGUAAUGAUUCUAAGGAUUACUAAUCUUUAACUAGUCUUUCAGCAGAGAAGUUAAACCCAGGCCCAGAACA